UAGUGGAGUGUCUCCCGUCAGACUGCUGCGUCUCAUUACUAUUAAUGAGCUUGGCGCAAACGCAUGUGAUUGGCUUACAUGCCUAGUUUCCAGGACAACUCAAAACAUGAACGGUGACAUUCAUGACGAACAGAGAACUCGCCAGGAACACUUCAUGGACGGAAAAGCAGAGCAGCAAGAAAAUGACCUUGGGUCUAAUGCCAGCAGUGAAAACACAAAGAACGAUGAGCAACUCCAGCAGGCACCAGCUAAGGAGUCCUUAGACUUUGGUGAAAGGAAGAAUAAAAUGGACACCCUUGCAGUUGAGGCUGAGAAAGGCAGAGGAGUGAAGCUGGGUGAGCGGGAGUCUGAAGGGGCCUCUGCAGAUCCGACAGGAUAUCAGGCAAAACUGACUGCGGGAAGUGACACAGACAAUUUUGAGCCAGGAGAGGGCGCUGCAGACGAGACUCCCGCUGAAGCCAACCUACCCAUGAGCGAGACAUUUAAAAAGGGAGAGAUUGCAGAGAAUAAGGCUUUUAUAGGGGAGCUUCUCUCCGGAGAUGGCUUCGAUCAGGACAAUGACGAGAACAGACUUUCUAAUCUGGACACAGGGACCGCCAAGUUGGACAGUCCAAAGCAGGUCGAGGGAAAGGGUCCCACCACAACUGAAGGGACGGGCCCCAGCGUUGACUACAAAGAGCAAAUUAACUUCCUUCACGAGCUGCGCACCGAGAACGAGAAACUGAGCCAGCUCAGUGGUCAGCUCCAGACGAGGCUGGCAGAGUACUUACGCGGGAAGAGAGGCGACGAUGCGGGUCCCGAGAAGAAGGCUGUGUCAGGCGUGGAGCAGCGCUACCAGAAGUACCUGGCCGUCAUGGAGGAGCUGAAGUGGGAGUACCGGUGCAACCUGGAAGCGGCCCGGCAACAGGCCGAGGACCUUCGGCAACAGAGCCGGCAGAGGCUGGACCUGGUGGACCGCGAGUGGGGUGCCUUCGCGGCGCUGAAGCGGGACGUGGCUGUGACGGCGCUGAGCCGUUCUCUGGGCAAACAGGCGGCGGUGGCUGAGGUGGAGCGAAUCCAGGCGACAGAGCAGCGUCAACAGACGGUGCUGGUUGCCGUGCGCCUGGGGAACAUCAAGCUGAAGAACCAGACGCGCAGAUUGGAGGCGGCGCUGCGCGCCAAGGAGGAGCUCGCCGCGGGCCUGCACCUCAUCGACUUCGAGCAGCUGAAGAUCGAGAACCAAACGUUCAGCGAGAAGAUCGAGGAGCGCAACGAGGAGCUCCUCAAACUGCGCAAAAAGAUCACCAACACGGUCCACGUACUGGCCCACGCCAAGGAGAAGCUCCAGUUUGUGCAGACGGAGAACCAGUCCAAGCGGGCCCGGCUGGCCGAGGUGGAGGUGGCGGUGGCCAGGAAGAGGGACGUGUUGACCAGGACCAAGCAAGCCAGGGACAGCCUCCGUGCGGGCAACCUGAAGCUACGCCGGCGCUGUGGCCUCCUGGGCAACGAGACCCUGCUGAGGGAUUUUGAAGACAACGUGGACGCCUCAGACGCCCUGGAGGAGAGGCUGGAGGGACUGAAGAGACGGCAUGCAGAGGUCAUACUGGAGUGCGCACGGAUCAAGAAGAAACUGGAGCAUACCCAACCUCUGGACCAGUAAAGGACAGAUGAAAGGGGAUGUACAGGAAGACAUGCUUGUGCACAUUGUCCGUCCCCCUCACACACACACACACACACACACACAUAAAUACACAGAAGGAUAAAUGCACAUAUUUGUAGUGAUUAGGGCAAACUUGUCAUGCGAAGUGAUGUUUGAACAUGAAUGCGCUGAACUAAGAUAGACCUGCAAAUGAGAAUCCACCUUUCUUAUGGUCAACAGAUGGCGAUAAUGUAAAUGACAUAUCGUUUAUAUACAGUGUAGGUUGGUGGUAGGCAAACUUUUCAAUUCAGGUUUGAGCAUAAAAUAAAACAUAUUUAAGGAGUUUAAAAAUUAACAUUCCAGUCCCAUUCUAAAAAAACAUAUUACAGUUUUAAUUACUGGCCUGCAAAAUCGAGUUUAACAAUCAAAUCUUACAGUACAAAACAAAUGUCUGGCCCUCGUUAAAUUUCAAAAUUCCAGUGUGCCCCUCUAACUAAAAUCAUUGCCCAUCUCCGUAUAAAGUCAGAAGUGGAAAACAUCAAUCUCUUGACAUGGGUUUUAGUUGUACUAGAUUUACGACACUGGAUUAGGUUACACUACUGACUAUCAGUAUCAUUUUAACUAUCUCCUAACUCUAAUUCUUACUUGAACCUUAGCCUUUAUCCUAAUCCUAACCUUAACACUUACCCUAAACCUUAUCCUAAACCAAACCCUAACCUUGACCUCAGCAAGCAAUUGUUUCUCAACAGAUUUUUUGAAUGUUUGCUGAAAGCUUGUUGAUAGUUUUACUAUCUAUAGAUCUACAGAGUAACCCUGGAUCAUUAAACAGUUUUCAUAAAGUAGGUGAUCACAUUUUAGCUUUGUGAUGGCAUUGGAACCAGGAGGUUCAUUUACAAAGACUUUGAGAUGUGCGACAUUUGAAUUUCACAUGUCGUGUAUUUUUAUUUCCUUCUGAGAUGUAAAUCAGCUUGCAGAAAACCGUUAUCUAAAAAAUUAAUAAUUUGCAUUUCCUGAAGUCCAGGCCAAGGAGGAAAGGUUACCAUUAUUAUAUAUCCAACUUAUUCAUAAAAUGUGAAGCGUUUAGAUGUGCAACAGCGUUGGACUCCAGACACAUCUCAUGGAAACACCAACUUCUUCCCUGACAGGCGUCAUUCAGGGGGAUUCUGUGUCACAGGAUUUUGACCCAACAUUUUCAGAAGGGUCUUGACCAUCGCUGCAUUAGGGUCCAGGCACACACGUGUACCGUCCUUCAAACUGACACUGUGCAGAGGACAAGGGAUAGUGAUAAGAAACCAUGCUUACUCAAACAUUCACUAUAGGAAUCGCAUGGCAUGGACCUAUCGUAUAACAACACUUUUGUACAAAGACACCGUAAAACAAAGUGUGUAGUGAGUGAAAUAUGUAAAAUAAUCCAGUAAUAUGGUGUACAAUAGUAUAGCAAUAAAGUCCAACUACAAGACUUACAUAAUCUCCAGGACUCUGCAAUAUGGACUGGAAGGCCGCAGCGUUAUUCGGGACAGUAACCUUGGGUUCAGUCCAUCCAGCUUUUUGGUGCACAGGCAGUAAUCAACACUGCUGAUAUAUAAGCACAGAGACACCUGACAACAUUGCGAUGGAUACCUACAGCUCAGUGUGACCUACGAUUUUUACAGUCAUAACUACUUUGUCCAACAUCCAGCAUAGUCUCAUGUCUUAAUGUGCUGUGAAUACAACCUGUCUGGAUGGAGUAGUUUACCUCUAUGUAUACAACUACACCAUUGCACCUGUGAAUACAACCUGUCUGGAUGGAGUAGUUUACCUCUAUGUAUACAACUACACCAUUCCACCUGUGAAUACAACCAGUCUGGAUGGAGUAGUUUACCUCUAUGUAUACAACUACACCAUUCCACCUGUGAAUAUAACCAGUCUGGAUGGAGUAGUUUACCUCUAUGUAUACAACUACACCAUUGCACCUCACACAC